CGGUUAUUAUUCACACCUGGCUUCUUCUUUCUGUUCGCUUGAAAAUCGCGGUGGAAAUAAAAUGAUCUACCUAAACCCAGGAUAGCAAAGUGAUCCGACUGGUUGGCCUGACCUGGCUGGUUUAGGUACCUAGUGGUUCUUCACUUACAGCUGAUCUUCUUCGGUUCCCCCACGCGCGCUUGCUCGCUUGCCUGCUUGCGUACAUCAUCCAAUGCGUAGCUAGGUAUUCCAAUAUUUCCUGUAGCUACUGCGAGAUGGUAAUUAAAAUCAAGCCGCGCGCGUUCGCCUCUUUUCCCAAUAGUAGCGACGAACUCCGCUCGCGUAAGAAAAAACAACGAUAGAAAACACGUAUUUCCCGUUCGACACCUACCCGCCUGUCCUGAUCAAGGCAAUCGCCGAGACAGCGCUUACGAUAGCUCUGGAUUGGUCGUAGUUAGUUAUUACGGUGCGGUGCGGCAAAUACAUUUCUCCCUCAAAGUACCUACAUCAUUAAAUGAGUGCAUGUAGGUACUUACGUACUCUCGCCGCUAAAUUGCUAACCGGUGUCGCGAUUUUCGUGCUUAUCGCGGUAUUGGCUGUCGAUCAUUUACACAUUUCGGGGGUUGCAAUCCAGCUUGGCGGGCAGGCUUGCGGCCGCGUGCCGCCUUGUUUUUUUCUUCUUUGGUUUUCUGGGACGGGGAUUGACGACACAUUUUCCAUUAGCUGGAAAAUCCGGACCCAAGCCACUUUUUUACCAGCUUGGAUAAAUUGAGGCGGAAAUAAGCAGAUAAGUAAGGGAUGUGUUGUAGAGAAGAGAUGAAGCAACUCCGUGGAAUCAAAUACAUUAGGUGUGUGAGAGCGGGCACUCCGAAGUCAUUGGAACGGAGAGUAAAAAGAGACGGGUUACUCUGUGUUCGUGACGAGAUUCCCGCUAAACCAAGUUGCGACAUUGGUCACUGUCCACUUAGACAGACAUUACACUAUAUCAACGGAAUAUCUACCACCGGAAACCCCUUCGAUGAUAACAAUGUAUCGUCAUGUCUAUUAAUAAACUCGCCCAGCGUACAAUUUAAUAAGCUUAAAUAUUGGAAAUAUGCAUACAUCCAGGACACAUACCCUGGGC